AAAGUUGGCUCCAACGCCAGCCAAUAGGAGCCGACAGCGCUGGGUUCUUUCACUUUCCCUUUCUACUUCCUCUAUGGACAUGUUUUGACAUAUACUGUGUCCGACCUGCGAACUGUAGAUGUGUUGAGUUAGUGUUUGUGGUUUUAAUCAACAGGGUCUAGUUCAGCGGUCUAUUAUUCAGUCUGCUGCCAAUAGUGGGCUACUUCGAGUAUGUUGACGGGGACAAGCGACAUCUUCUUCUCCUGACCUGCUCACAACUCGUCUCCAAACAGCACAGGAAAUGGAGUUCCAGAGAUUGCUGUUAAAGGUAGAGAAGGCCCUGUGUAAGGAUGAGGUCAAGGCUUUAGCAUUUCUUUGUACCGACCUCCUGGGCCGAAAUCCCACCUCAGUGGAAUCAGCCAGUGCCCUUUUCUCUCGUCUGGUGGACCAAGACCAUCUCUCACCUGAGCGACCACAUCUGCUGACUGAGCUUCUCCUCACCAUCCAACGCAACCGACUGGUCCGUGAACUCGGUCUCAGUGAAUGUACAACCAUGAGCCUCAUCUCUGAAUACAGGAAGCUACUCUACAACCUGUCUGAAGAGAUCACUGAUGAAGACUUGAAAAAGGUGAAGUUCUUGUUAAAUCCGACACUCCCACGAAGAAGACUGGAGGACAACACUACUACAUUGGAAGUCUUCCUGGAGAUGGAGCACAUGGACCACCUCAGUGAAACUAAUCUAAAUGAACUGGAGGCCAUAAUCCAAUCAGUCUGUCCUGUGCUAAAAGAAAAGAUCGCCCAGUUCAAAGCACUGCCGGUACAGAACAGCCCUGUGGGUCAAGAGACAGGCUCUGUGUACCAGUCUCCUCAGUCUUUAGAUGAUGAGAGGACUGCCUCAUGCAAAAUCCCAGCACCGCGACUGGCUGAGUGCUCCAUGUUUUCUACCAACACCUCUGUGGAUGUGGUACAUGGUGGAGAUGAAAGUGAGGCCUUGUCACAUGGACUGAACAGUUUAAGCACUGAAACAAGCACACAUGCCUCCUCACAAGUGAGAAGUGAUACUUUGGAAAAGUCAUCCCAAGAAAGCAUGAUCUCUGAGACACAGAUGUUUCAGACUACGGGCACAACGAGUGAGGGUUUGGGAGCAUAUCCCAUGACUUCAGCGAAGAGGGGUGUCUGCUUGAUAAUUAACAACUAUGACUUUACCAAAUCUAGAAAUGUGUCUCUCAGAAUUCGGGAAGGGACUGCGACUGAUAAAGAUUGUCUGCACAAAGUAUUUACUUGGCUGGGCUUUGAGACGGAGAUAUACAACGACUAUGAGAGUAAGGAGAUGCUGUCUCUGUUGCAGGGGCUCAGCCGCAGAGACCACAGUCGGAUGGAUUGUAUGGCCUGCUGCAUUCUGAGCCACGGCAAGAACGGAAGCGUGUAUGGUGUGGACGGCCGCACCGUCGAGCUCUCAGAGCUGAAGGAACUUUUCAAUGGAAUAAAUUGCCACUCUUUGGCAGAAAAACCCAAGCUGUUUUUCAUCCAGGCCUGUCAGGGCACCAAAGAGCAGCAGCCUGUCUAUAUUGAGUCUGAUGCCCCUGCAGAAAGUCAUAUUUGUAGUGAUGCUGUAGCGAUCGAGUCCAUCCCAUCUGAUGCAGAUUUCUUGCAGGCAGUGUCCACUGUGCCUCAUUGUGUCUCCUAUAGAGAGAGGAGGAAUGGCAGCUGGUUUAUUCAGUCAUUGUGCCAAAACCUCAUCCAGAUGGUGCCAUGGGGGUGUGACCUCGUGUCUAUCCUGACAAAGGUGAAUGCAGAUGUAAGCCAGAAGUCUGAUGCCACUGGUAAAAAGAAGCAGAUCCCUCAGCCAUCCUUUUCACUCAGGAAGAAAGUGGUCUUUCCAGUCCCCAAAGCCGCUCCUCCCAGCAUGCCAUCCUUUUAAUCAUGGCCCACAUUAGAUGAUCCCAGAAGAACAAGUGCUUUUGUCUUACAGUUCACAAUUUUUAAUCUGCUGGGUGAAUUGUUAGAAACACUCCCAAUGUGUUUCUGUUUUAAUGAUAGUACCAGAAAGUGGACCUUUAUUGAUGCCGAUUUUGUCACAAUAGUUGGAAGGUUUGUUUGAGAUUCAGUUUUUCCAGGCUGGCUAGGCCUAACAGUCACUGCCGCAGUUCAUCAUGUAUUGUUGCUGCCAGUGUCAUUUUAUAGGAGUUAGAUACAAUUGUAUGAAAUACUAUGAGCAAUUUUUCCUUCAAUAUGCUGCCACUAUGAAAAUAUUUUGAAAUUUGAAGGUCUGUUCAUUGUUUGUAUGCAUGUAUCAAAGAAUAUUCACUGUUUAAAAUAUAUUUUGUUAUAUUAAUAACUUGCUGAGUCCUCAGUGCAACUCUUCUAAGUGAACAUCUUGAAAUGAGCAUGAUGCCAAAUAUUUGCAUGAAUGUUGAAAAUAGAAACUACUAAAUAGUGCUGACCACAGAUUGUAAAAUUCCAGUGACGUGCGGUGAGGUUGACAGCUGGUGAGGCACUGACUCUUUUACAGUCAGAUUUACAAAU